AUGGCUGAUGGUUACUGCACACCAUUAUAUUGUGAAAAACACUUGGUCUCCUCUGAUCGUCACAGAACCAGUUCCAUUCCAGUCAACUCGGCGGAACCAGUGUUGAAUGGCCUACCUUGUGAAUCCAUUCUAGCCGUUUGGAAACGGGGUAGUGAAGGCACAGUAUGGAUCUAUUGA